GCGGCCCCCGUGCGGCGCGGGCACGGCGCUCCCGGGAUGAAGCGGUGCCGCUCGGACGAGCUGCAGCAGCCCGAGGAGGAUCCCGGCGCCGCGGGGGAAUCGCCCGGUCACGGCGUGAUGGAGGGCAAGGCCGGCGAGGCGGCGGCGGCCCCCGAGGCGGGCGCUGUCCCGGCGCCGCCGCGCUCCAAGCCCCCCGACCUGAAGAAAAUCCAGCAGCUCUCCGAGGGCUCCAUGUUCAGCCACGGCCUCAAGCACCUGUUCCACAGCCGCCGGCGCUCGCGGGAGCGCGACCAGCAGAGCUCACAGGACCCGGCCACCCCGGGCCCAGCGGCGGCCGCCGCCUCAUCCACACCGCACGGCGUGGCCUCGGACCACGACUCCCCGGACGAGAAGGAGCGUUCCCCGGAGAUGCACCGCGUGUCCUACGCCGUGUCCCUGCACGACCUGCCCGCGCGGCCCACGGCCUUCAACCGCGUGCUGCAGCAGAUCCGCUCGCGGCCCUCCAUCAAGCGCGGCACCAGCCUGCACGGCGCCGGCCGCCGCGCCAAGAGCGGCUCGCUGGAGCCGCAGAAGGGCAGCCCCCACCUCGGCCGCAAGGCCCCCCAGGACAGCGGCCUCACGGCCAUCCUGCAUCAGCACCAGGGCAGGCCCAGGUCCUCGUCCACCACGGACACGGCCAUCCUGCUGGCCGAGGGUGGGGCUGUCUACCUGCUGGCCGAGGACAGCGAGGGGCUGGCGGAUAAGCUGGACAAGGGCGACGUGACCACCCUGAACCUGCCGGCGGGCGCCGGCGGGCAUGGCGACGCCGACGGCCCCGUGUGCCUGGACGUGCCCGAUGGCACCCCCGACCCUCAGCGCACCAAAGCCGCCAUCGAGCACCUGCACCAGAAGAUCCUCAAGAUCACGGAGCAGAUCAAGAUCGAGCAGGAGGCGCGGGACGACAACGUGGCCGAGUACCUGAAGCUGGCCAACAACGCCGACAAGCAGCAGGCGUCGCGCAUCAAGCAGGUGUUCGAGAAGAAGAACCAGAAGUCGGCGCAGACCAUCGCGCAGCUGCACAAGAAGCUGGAGCACUACCACAAGAAGCUGAAGGAGAUCGAGCAGAACGGCCCCAGCCGCCAGCCCAAGGAUGUUUUCCGGGACAUGCACCAAGGGCUGAAGGAUGUGGGCGCCAACGUCCGCUCCAGCAUCAGCGGCUUCAGCGGCGGCGUGGUGGAGGGGGUCAAGGGGGGGCUCUCGGGGCUCUCCCAGGCCACGCACACGGCCGUGGUGUCCAAGCCGCGCGAGUUCGCCAGCCUGAUCCGCAACAAGUUCGGCAGCGCCGACAACAUCGCGCACCUGAAGGACACGCUGGACGACGGGCACCCCGAGGAGGCCUCGCGCGCGCUGAGCGGCAGCGCCACGCUGGUGUCCAGCCCCAAGUACGGCAGCGAUGACGAGUGCUCCAGCGCCACCUCGGGCUCUGCCGGGGGCAGCAACUCUGGGGCAGGGCCCGGCGGCUUGGGGAGCCCCAAGUCCAACACGCUGGACAGCCACCACAACAACUUCGACACCAUCCUGGAGGAGCUGCGGGAGAUCAAGGACAGCCAGUCGCACCUGGAGGACUCCAUGGAGGACCUGAAGGCCCAGCUGCAGAGGGAUUACACCUACAUGACCCAGUGCUUGCAGGAGGAGCGAUACAGGUACGAGCGCCUGGAGGAGCAGCUGAACGACCUGACGGAGCUGCACCAGAACGAGAUGACCAACCUGAAGCAGGAGCUGGCCAGCAUGGAGGAGAAGGUGGCCUACCAGUCCUACGAGAGGGCUCGGGACAUCCAGGAGGCCGUGGAGUCGUGCCUGACGCGGGUGACCAAGCUGGAGCUGCAGCAGCAGCAGCAGCAGGUGGUGCAGCUGGAAGGGGUGGAGAACGCCAACGCCCGGGCCCUGCUGGGCAAGUUCAUCAACGUCAUCCUGGCCCUGAUGGCCGUGCUGCUCGUCUUCGUCUCCACCAUCGCCAACUUCAUCACGCCGCUCAUGAAGACCCGCAUGCGCAUCCUCAGCACCGCCCUGCUCGUCCUCUUCCUCUUCUUCCUCUGGAAGCACUGGGACUCCAUCAGCUACUUGCUGGAGCACGUGCUGCUCCCCAGCUGAUCCGACAGCCCCCGGGGAGUUUUUGGUUCCCGACGAGGAGAGGGGACACGAAAGGGGGUGAGGGUCCGGAGCCUUCUCCGUGCGCUCGGCUCAGCUGCGUUCCCGGCCCUCCACGGCAGCCUCUUGGAUCUGGGAUCCCUCUGGGAUGUUUGGGAAGGGUGGGGUGUGGAGCAAGGAGGAGUUUUGGAAGGCACCAGCGAUUUCUGGCUUUUUCUGAAGGGUUUUGGGUGGUUUUUUUGGGUGGUUUUUUUGGGUGGUUUUCUGAAGGUCGUCCUGAAGCCCCCAGGAAGGAGAUUAUCUCCAGGGGUCUUCUAGUGGGAUGGAUUGAGCUGGACCAAAGCUGGCUCUGGGAGAACUUCCAGCAGGGAGAGGAGAGGGGUUCACUGGGGCAGGAUUUUCCCUUUCGGGCAAAAGAGGAAAAUGCCAAAAGUGGAUUUUCCCCUUGGUGGCAAAAAAGUCGUGGGACGGAGCGCAAGCAAAGCAGGUGGAGAUGGAGACAGCAGGGCCACCACAAACAGACACAGCAGGACACACGCGUGGCACCAGCCUGUGGCGCAGCGCGGGGCUGUGACACCGCCCGCUGUCCCCGCAGGGGCUGGCACGGCCAGGGCGGUCAGCAGCGGCACAAAGCACACGCCCCCCGCGCUGGUUCCAUCUCCUGACCUCCCAACUCUUUGGCUUUAGUCGAUCCGAUCUCUUCAGGGACGCCCGGCCUCGUUCCAGCCUCUGCCCCGUGUUGUGUGUGCGUGUGCGUGUGUGCGGUUUUUAAUUUCAUUCCAGACUCUGUUUCCAUUUGUGGAUCGAAGCUGGUGGGGCAGGGCGGGGAGGGGCAGCAGCUGCCCUCCAGCCCCGCCCCAGAGCACAGCAUGCUGUCUCGGAUGGUUCUUAAAUUAUUUCAUACCUAUAUAUUUAUGUAAUAUAUCUAUA